CCUGCUGGCAUCCUGUUCAGGCCCCGCUGUGGUUUGCAUGAUUCAGAGGCAAUGAUGACAAAGUGUCAGAGAACAAAAAACUCAGUUUAGGUGGAGCUGGACCUUUACAAUCAACCAAAGUAGACCGGACUGAAAGAUGCGCACUUACUGUGUACUUCUACACAUUUUUGCUGCUCUGCUCUUGUGUGAUUAUGGGAUGUUCUCCACACCAUCACCAUCUCCUUCAGAGAUGUCCACCACUGCAAUAUCAGCCACAUCCGACUCUAACACUGUGACAACAACAGGAUCAAUAACUGUCGGGAAUGACUCGAGCUCGUUAGAGACUGGCUUAGAGGAUGAAUGGCCCGUUGAUUCAAAUGAUACAGCUGAGAGCAGUGGAGACUCUUCUGACAAUGAAUCUAAAAGUCUGAAUGGAAGCAUCAGUGGAGUGAUCUCUUCAACUACACAUCCAGCGAGCACCACACGCAACGUGAAGCACCUUACUACUAAACAAAAAAUAGAUUCAGAAUCGGUGACAGGAGGUAUCAUCAUUUUGAUCAUCAUCCUGAUCCUGAUUUGUUUUCUGCUUGGCAUUUUAUAUAUUCUGAGAAAGAAAGCAAGGAGUUACUCAUUUGAUUUGACUCGUGUCGAUGGACCUGGCAAUGAUUAUGACACCCCGCUCAGGAGCGACCAACAAGGCCUAAGCUAUGAACAAACCAACAAAGAUCUGCCUGUGUCUUUAAAUUACAUCCAAGAAGACAAGUCUGAGGAAAAGACUAAUCCGAUAGCAAAUGGGUCUGCAGGAGAGAAAACUGAACAAACACCGACCAAUGAAAAUGAUGAGCAGAAUGUUCCAGAAGAGAACAGUUUCUCUUCAAACUCGAGCUUGUCUAUGCCAGUGAAGAAAGUGGAGUUUAACCUGGACCUGGAUCUGCUUGGAAGUGAAUCUGAAUUAAGUGCUCAGACCGAAGCUGAAGCCACAGAUGCGGCACAAAAUGAAAACAACAAUAACGUCAGUAAUGCUGGGCGAGGAACAGCAGAAGAGAUCUUCACUGAAAUCAGUCUAGACGAGCCAAAGGAGCAUGCAUAGCAUGUGUUUCCCAUGCAACAAUCAAGAUCUCUGGUCUUUGGUACCUAGAUUCAACUCUAUCUGUUCAAGAUGCCUUGAUCCGGACUAUAUGAGUGCUAAAGCGUCCUUUUGACAUUCUCACUUCGAGUGCUGUUUCAUGUACUGUUAAAAGAGAUUGUAUACUGUACAUAAAAAAAUGACAUUUAAUCAUUAAAGUUUAUGUAAAAAAUGUUAUGCAAUG